AGCUCGGCUCUUUCUCCUUAAUUUCCUUUCUUCUUGCCUCUCGUUCGUCGCCCUACCAUAUCCAAUCCACCUGCGAGUCCUCCGGUUUCGUGUCUCUCCCUACAUUCUUCAUUGUCCUUUCUUCUUACUCACUGGGUCGGGUGCCUACACUAUUACCGCUAGUGCCGGAACCGCCAUAAUUUGCCGCCGGAGGGGUUCGACUCCAUUAUUCUACGUGUGCAGGAGACCUAAAGGAUCGAUAACACCAACAUGAGUUUCAAAGGCUUCCAGAAGGGUAUCGUACGAGCGCCCCAGACGUUCAAGGCCAAGUUCAACAUCGGCGAACACACCAAGGAUACCGUCUACAGUGAUGCCGAACGUCGGUUCCAGGAACUCGAAAAGGAGACCAAGAGGCUUCACGAUGAGUCCCAGAAAUACUUCAAUGCCAUUAAUAACAUGUUGAACCACCAGAUCGAAUUCUCCAAAUCCAUGACGGAAUUAUACAAGCCCAUCUCCGGUCGCGCUUCCGAUCCCAGUACAUACACCAUCGAAGGCAAUCCCGAAGGCAUUCACGCCUGCGAAGAGUACGAGACCAUCGUUCGCGAGCUCCAAGAAUCCCUUGCGCCCGAACUGGAUAUGAUCGACAGUCGGAUCAUCAGCCCUGCGGACCAGUUGUUGGAGGUGAUCAAGGUGAUCCGCAAAGUUGGCGUGAAACGCGACCACAAGCAGCUCGACUACGACCGCCACCGCGCCACUUGGAAGAAGCUGCAGGAUAAGAAGGACAAGUCGCUGAAGGAUGAAAAGGCGCUUUACAAGGCCGAAAGCGAUGUUGAACAGGCUACGCAGGAAUUCAACUACUAUAAUGACUUGCUCAAGGAUGAACUCCCGAAGCUGUUCGCCCUGGAGGCCGAAUUCAUCCGUCCGCUAUUCCAAUCCUUCUACUACAUGCAGCUGAACGUCUUCUACACUCUACACGACAAGAUGCAGGGCAUGAACAUUGGCUACUUUGAUCUUACUCUGGACGUCGAAGAGGCGUUUGAGAAGAAGCGGGGUGACGUGAAGGAACGGACAGAAGAGCUUACUAUUGUCCACUAUAAAACCACCGCCGGCCGUCGUCCCGGCUCGAAGCCACCAAUCCCGGGUGCGAAGCCUAGUUUCGCAAAGGAGAAGUUUGGUUCCGAUGGCGGUAGCGACUACAAGAGCACCUAUUCACGACCAAACAACGCUUCUGAUACAGUCGACAACCCCCCGCCGCCGUACUCCGCUGCUGCUGUUGGCAGCAGUGCUAGCAGCGCCAGUAGCUUGGCGGCAGCGGCCAAGGGUAAACCAGCACCACCACCGCCCAAGCCCAAGCCCAAGCCGUCUCAAUUCCGGGCAUCCGUGGAGACGGUUACGGCGCUGUACGACUAUGAAGCACAGGCCCAUGGUGACCUUAGCUUCUCGGCUGGCGAGGUGGUUGAAAUCGUGCAACGAACGGACAACCAGAACGAAUGGUGGACGGGCAAGGUUGGAGGACGCGAGGGACAGUUCCCUGGAAACUACGUCCAGUUGCGAUAACUGCAAUUCAUAAAAUCAUUCUUAUUACCUCCUUUGCCGUCUAUAUUGCUGUCCAUUAUUGUUGUCUUUUGUCAGGAGUUGGUCAGGAUCCGUCCCACUUGGAUUCCACAAACCCAGCGCUGCUUUGACAUCGCUUUUGCUUGCAUUUCUGGCUUGAUACAGGUUCCCUUGCAUUGCUAUCACUACUGCCAUCAUCAUCGUGUUACGAUUCUCUGUGUAAAUAUUUGCCAACUAUUUCUAAUUGGAGUGACAGAAUCAGUCACAGUGCUAUAUCAGCGAGCUAUCUCUACAUAACUAUAUAAUCGAUAUAACUUGGU